AUGCCUGAGCUGAACGAAAAGGUCGCCUCGCUCUUUGGGUCCAAGACGACAUCCGCGGAGGCGCCGGCUGUGCCCAACGAGGCCGCACCCAACCCCGACGAUGUCGAGGCGCUCUCCUCUCACACAGGCCUGGAGCGCACGCUCACGAGUCGCCAUCUGCAGUUCAUCGCCAUCGGCGGCACCGUCGGCACAGGCCUGUUCCUGGGCACGGGAGGUGCCCUGGGAUCCGCGGGGCCUGCCGCGCUCCUGAUCGCCUUUGCCUUUGUCGGUGCCGUGGUGUACUCGGUCAUGAUCUCCCUCAGCGAGAUGGCCACCUACGUGCCCGUGGCCGGCGCCUUCACCACCUACGCGACGCGCUUCGUCGAUCCCUCGCUGGGUCUCGCCAUGGGCUGGGUCUACUGGCUGAGCUGGGCGCUCACCUUUGCGCUCGAGCUCAACGCCGCCGGCCUCAUCAUCCAGUACUGGAACAAAAGCCUCAGCGUCGCCAUCUUCAUCGCCGUCUUCUGGGUCAUCUUCACCGUCAUCAACUUCCUGCCCGCCAAGAUCUUUGCCGAGAUUGAAAUGUACCUCGCCAGCAUCAAGGUCGUUACGAUUGUCGGCUUCGUCAUCCUCUCCAUCUGCAUCAACGCGGGUGUCGGCGACCAGGGCUACCUCGGCUUCAAGUACUGGCACAGCCCCGGCGCCUUCAAGCCGGACGACAUUAUCGUCGACUCCAAGCCGGCGCUCGGCAAGUUUGUGUCCUUUUGGUCCGUCCUCGUCACCGCCGGCUUCAGUUUCCAGGGCACGGAGCUUGUGGGUAUCGCCGCCGGCGAGACGCUGAACCCCCGCAAGACGAUCCCCUCGGCCAUCCGCUGGACGUUCUGGGGCAUCUUCACCCUCUUCAUCUCCACCGUCUUCUUCCUCGGCCUCAACAUCCCCUAUGACGAGCCGCAGCUCAUGAGCAACGCCAAGGACGCGUCUGCCUCGCCCCUCGUCGUCGUCGUCCGCCUCGCGGGCAUCCCCGUGCUGCCCGACAUUAUCAACGCCGUCCUGCUCACCGCCGUCCUCUCGGCCGCCAACUCCAACGUCUACUCGAGCAGCCGCAUCCUCGUGUCGCUGGCCGACGGCGGUCACGCCCCCAAGUUCUUCAAGCGCAGCAACAAGUGGGGCAUCCCCUACUACGCCGUCGGCGUCUGCUCGGCCGUCGGGCUGCUCGCGUUCAUGAACCUGGGGGCGGGCGGCGCCGUCGUCUUUGACUGGUUCCUCGCCAUUGUCACCGUGGCCGGCCUCAUCUGCUGGGCCCUGACCAACAUUGCCCACCUGCGCUUCAUGGAGGCCCUCAAGUACAAGGGUAUCUCGCGCGACGACCUGCCGUACAAGGCCCCCUUUCAGCCGUACUUUUCCUGGUUCGGCCUCUUCUUCAGCUCGCUCAUUGCCCUCACGAGCGGCUUCCAGGUGUUUAUCAAGUGGGAGACGAGCGCCUUUUUCACCAACUACAUUAGCAUCAUCAUCUUUGUCGUCCUCUACGGCGGGGCCAAGCUGUGGACGCGGUCCAAGGUGGUGCCCCUGGAGGAGGUUGAUCUGUCGCACAACGAGAAAUAG